CACUUCAAUUUACUUCUUAAUUAAGGUAAUUUUUGCACAAAGUUUAUUAAAUUUUUGAGUAUUUAUGAAAUUAGGUGAGUUAAUAAUUAUAUUUUUGGAUUAUUCUUGGUUUUUUUUUUUUUUUUUUGUAUGAAAAUUUCAGAAAUUAUGGAAUCUAUGAAGAUUAAUUGGAUUGCUGGGGUGCUUACUUUUUUGUACUUGGUUCCUGCCAUUCUUUGUUGGGGUCAACAUGGCCAUUAUGCUACUUGUAAAAUAGCCGAGGAAUAUCAUACAGAAGCUGCUAAGGCUGCGGUUAAAGAGUCAGCUAAAGGCGAACUAGCAGCUGUUUGUUCUUGGCCUGAUCUGCCUGAGAUUCGUAAAGGCUAUCCCUGGAGUUCUGCAUUACAUUAUACUAACACCCCAGAUUUUAUAUGCAAAUUUGAUUAUUGCCGAGACUGCCAUGAUUCUGCUAACCAAAAAAAUAGAUGCGUGAUUGGAGCAAUGUACAAUUACACCAUACAACUCGAGUCAGCUUACCAUAACUAUGGAACUCAAAAGAAAUAUAACUUAACAGAAGCUCUUAUGUUCUUGUCUCAUUUUGCUGGUGACGUGCAUCAGCCUCUACAUGUUGGCUUCAUCGGAGAUCUUGGUGGAAAUACAAUUAAUGUGUACUGGUACAAUCAAAGCACCAACUUGCACCAUGUAUGGGACACAGCUAUCAUCGAUUCUGGCUUGGAGAGAUUUUAUGAUUCAAAUCUGACAACCAUGAUAGGAACGAUAUUAAGAAAUAUCACGGAUGACUGGUCCAAUGAGACCAAAUUCUGGGAAAAAUGUAACCAUACAGUCUGUCCUAUACCGUACGCAUCUGAGAGUAUUUCUUUAGCUUGCAAAUACGCAUAUAGGAAUGCCACGCCAGGAAGCCACUUAAAAGAUGAUUACUUUCUUUCUCGGCUGCCAGUCGUGGAGAAAAGAUUGGCUAAAGGUGGAAUUCGCUUGGCUGCUACUCUUAACCGGAUUUUCGAUUCCCAAGUCACAACGGAGAAUCACAAACAGAAGAAAAUUGUGAAGGGUUUCUCUAGUUUAUAGUAGUAGGAUUAUUGGUGAUGAUUAUUGUCAGUGAGCCUUUUCUGAGCAUUCAGUGUAAGUCAUGAUCACUAGAAGUUUGAUUGUGAUUUUGUGUACUGUUAUCAUGUUUUGUAUUUGGUUGUACAAUUUAAAUUUCCAAAAGUUAAUAAAAAAAAAAUAUUGCAGAUGUGAUGCAUAUUGAUUCUGAUUGACCUUCAGCUGAUAAAUGAAUAAAAAUGGGCAGGAAGCUUUCUCAUAAUCUAUCAGAGCCAGGUUUCGAUCCUGGGACCUGUGGGUUAUGGGCCCACCACGCUUCCGCUGCGCCACUCUGAUAUUGUGAUAACAAUUGCACUUUAAAAUAUGACACUUAAAUAUUAUGACCUCACUUAAAUAUUAUGACCUCAUUUACUUUCAUACACAUUCCAUUUGUAUUUUCUUGGGGACUCACUUCUAUACUA